AAAACGGCCGACUGGCCCAAAAUGGACGGUAAUGGGCACUGGACGGGAGCUUAACCCAAAUAUUUCACCCAUCCAUUCAAACUUUUGGCCUAAACAAAUGCCGCGAAACCCAUGGAGAGAAGAGAAUAACCCAGAUUUGAUUUUGGUCUCCCGCGAAACAAAAUCCCCAAAUCUUUAAUCACGACCUUCCUUCUCUCGCUGACCAUGGACGCCACCCCCAUCUCCGCCCACCAUUGACGCCGCCCUUCUCUCUCCUGUUCGCUCCCUCUGUAAACACCGUUUCCACACCACCACCCGAGCCAGCGACCACCAGUGUCGCCACCCACGAACGAAACUGAUAGCAGCAGAAAUCUAAAACUUCUGUAGGGUAGAACAACAGCAAAUUGAAAAAGGGUUACACGAAAUAUGUCGUCAUUUGUCACUUUUGUUUGGAACUAGAUGUUGAGCAUGUUGUGAUGGGUGUUGGACUUUCACUUCUCUUUGUCAUGGAUUCUAGUUACCUCUUGGUUUACAAUCUGCUUGUACAGAAGCUCUGUAUAAUUGAUCAUUAGAAGCCUGUUGAGCAGAUAGAGAGGACAGUGGAGAUGGAGAUGGAGACGAAGCAGCCACAGCCACAUUGCGGAGGAGCACAAGCAGUUUUAAACAUCCAACCCACUACAUCGGUCUCUCUAGCAUAUCAUCCUCUCUUUGGUCCUCAUGACGAUCUGAUUCUCCUCGAGCUGGAUGAGAAGCUUCUCCCAGAUGUCCUCCAAGAUAGAGUGACCUUGAGAGGACAACCCGAUGAAGAUGCAGUUCUUUGUACUCGGUCAAAAACUUAUGCCAUCAAGUUUGUAGGAACUUCAAACUCUGUUUUACUUAUACCCCCUUUGGAUCAAUCUGUAUCGUGUGGAGAUACAGAAGAUUAUGACAAGAAAUUGAUUGCACCAGUCUUCAAAGUGGCACCUGGCGUCAUGGAACUUGUUGAGGUGGCUCCCAGAAUUGACAAGCUUAAAACGCUUCUCUCUGAGCAUCCUUACCCAUUUGAUGAGGUGUCAGUAAUGGAGGAGCCAAAUGAAAUGGAAAAUAGUAAUAGAGGGUUUUACAGUUGGGAAGAUCUGAUUGACAAGGUACAAGCUAGCGACGAAGAACUGAGGUCUGGACUACACUCUCUUUCAGCAGUUGAAAUUGGCGGAUAUUGGAGAAUCGUGGAUGAUAACUACAUGGACGGGAUUCUAAAUAUGCUUUUGCACAAUUCAGUGUUGAACGAUUGGUCCCUGAAUGCACUCAAUGAAAGUGAUGUUGUUAUUGUGCUUCAAUCAGAUGGGUUUCCUCGUGAAAUAGCACAUCAUUGUUUGCAAGUUUACUGCUCUAAAGUGAAUGAGGGUGUGAUGAGGUUAGAUGAGAAGCGUGUUUGUGUGCAUUUUGCAAGAAGGAUAUUGAGAGGACGGAAAAUGAGGAUGGAUAAUUUCAUGGUGGAGUGGACACGGAAGAUUCCAGAUGGGAUGCAGGCCAGUUUCGACACGUUGGAAGGGGAAGUUUUGACUGAGAAACUUGGGAUUGAGACUUGGGUUUAUGCCUUUAGCGUCUCUUCUCUUCCCUCUGCCCCUACUGAGCGAUUCUCAAUGCUCUUUCGAGAGCGACCGAAAUGGGAGUGGAAAGACCUUCAGCCUUACAUUAGGGAUCUAAGCGUGCCAGGUUUGUCUUCUGAGGGUUUACUACUCAAGUAUACACGAAGAACACAGCCAACCGCGGAUGCAGAACCGGUUUUCAGUGCAAGAUAGCCUCGACAGCAUUUCCCAUCUUUUUUACAUCAAGUUUUAUUUGCAUUGACGUGACGUGAAUCCAAGACCAAUUUUGGUACGUACUACGAGAUAGAGGCUACAAAAAGGAUACAAAAUCCUUGCUGGCAUUUCUGUUAUGGGUCCCAGGGCUAGGGUACGUAGCAAAAUUGAUUAAAAAAUAAUGAAAUGGUUAAUGAGGAUGUUUGACAUCUUUUUAAGAGCAUCAAGAAUAAUAGUAUCUUUGUUGUCGAACUCCACAGUUGUCUUCAGAGCAGAUGUUUAACUGUUAGGUAGUGUGGCCUCAGGACAUGUAUAUUUUAAGUGUUUAUCUCAUGUGACAGAAACUAGGAUUCACUUGUUUGUGUUAGACUCUGGGCCAUUUGUUUGGAUCUUCGGUUUGGACUUGGACAUGAAUGAGAUGAAUCUGGGCAGUGCUCUUAAUUUUC